AUGCCAAAUUACUUUCCUUCCGGACCACCUCCUUGGGUUUCUUUUUCAUUUUCUGGCAACCCAAACCACCACAGUCGGCCACCAUUGUCUACUUCCACCAUUGUUAGAACAAACAUCACCGACCUCCAUCUUUCCCCUUGGACCGUGACUAGCAGCCACCACCGAGCUGCUGCCAAGGAAUUCCGACAACCAGCCACCAUCUCCGCUCCUUCCCUCUUUCUGUUGACCAAAGCAGGAAACCCCAGCAGUGGGGCCGACACGAAGCAACCACCGCCACCCUCUUUCCAUCGCCGACCCACCCUAUUGCCGCCACCACUGUUGAAAGUCCGACCACCACCUUAUACCCCCUCCUCUCGGCUGAAAAUCACCACCAAAUACCACUUCCAUUUGUUUUCUCCGCUGAUUUGUACCAGAAUCCAACCUAAAACCAGGCGGGAAGAGGCCGCCGGAGCUCUGCCACUCACCUACAUCCCCGCUCACUGCCACCGUCGCCAUUCUCCGACGCCAUCUCCGCCGGGAGGCCUCCGGUAAAGUUAAAUAGAACCGGUUAUUCGUUUUAAGAGCACGGAACGUCACAAAACGACAUUCGCAACAAAUUUCACCCUCGAGACUCGUUCACGCUUCAAGGGAGAUCAGUGAACCAGCCUUUAACAGAAGAUUUGUUCAUGGAUUUUUGGGCAAUCUAGUCUCAUUUAGUUUUUGUUAUGUCGGCCUACUUGUUAAGGUGAAUUUAUGAACCUAUUAAUAUAUGUAUGAAACUUGUAUUCGAACUUUAAAUUUGAAUGUAACUGCUAUGUUGUUAUUGUUGUAACUUGUGAUGUAUAUUCAAUUUG